AACCAAUUUCAGUUGAGGAGUGAAGUACGGAAGCACGGGGAGAGCGACUGGCUGGUAGUAACUAGGCAGAGAGAGGCAGCACCACCAGCAGUGCUCGCAAUUACCGAGGCAGGUGAAACCGCUGCAGGUUUUUAGUACAAACCGACGCUCUGACCAUGCGCACCUGCAGAAGUUAUUUUUUCAGUAAGUCGAACCCUAACUUAAAUUUGUUAAUUGGCGGCUACGGGAGGAUGCCUUCAGUUUCAGGCAUUGGUACAUGAGCGUCCCCGAUAAGAGGUUCCCGUUACAGGGACGAGCGACGGGGUCAGAGGGGAUGAGAUGGGAGGGGAACGAGGCCUCGAGCAGGUGCAGUCAGUCACGCGGGAAACCCCACCCGUCGCUACCAAGCAUCGCUCCGUGUUUCGCGGCAUCUCUAGCGCUCUUCGGUCCACCCGAGCAUCGCAUACCCCCUCUGGCGCUACGGUUACAGCCUCUGACAGCACCGAGCGGCCCAGCAGCCGGAGUUCUAGUAGCGGGGGCCGCUCGUUAAAGUCGAAUAUUUCUGCGCCGGAGCGCAGCACGGUAUGGGACGCCCUGCAGAGAGCGCAACGUGCCGCAGCCGCCGCAGGCCCCGCAGCAGCCGCUGGCUCCACGUCAGAAUGUGAUAAUCGGUCGUCAGACCGGGAAAUCCGGGAGGAGGUUAGGUCGCCAAGCCAGGAAACGCGAGGAGAGGCGAGGGAGGAGGAGUGCAGUAGCGGGGGCGAGGAGGUUACCUCUCGCUUUCGUGAAGAAUGGCGAAGCGAGAGGACGGAUGGGGAGGAGAGGCCGCAAGGGCAGCAAUCGACGGCUGGAAGUCGUGCCAGCGCGCAGUCGCAGCAGCAGGAACGGUCGAGAUCGCGGCAAGGGCAGCAGCCGUUAGGGCUGCCGCGGAAACAGGGGUCGAACGACCAGCAGCAGCACCCACCGCAGCACCCGCCGCUGCAUCCGCCGCUGCAGCAGCAGGUGCUGAAGCGCCAGGCGCACGGGCAAACCCUUCACGCCUCCCCUCAGGUCGCUCCGCGCGCGCGGAACGCGCAAGGCUUGGCGGAGGGCCUAGCGGAGGGGGCGGAGCGCUCGAGCAGCGCGCCGAGGGUGCAUCAUGCGCGGAGGGCCAGCAGCGGCGCAGCUCUUGCGCUGCCAUCGGCGCAGAACGCGGACGGGAGAAUGGGGGCCUUGCGGGAUGCCAGCCCCGCGAAACCCAUCAGCGGACGCGGGGGAAGGGAUGGGGUCUCCGCGCAGACGGAUCUCGAGCCUAAGCGGAGCCACCUUUCCCCCAUGCACGCCCCCCAGCAGCAGCAGGCAGCAAGCGCGGGCCCGCGGGCUGGAGUUGGAAAAACCCCUCCGCGAUUGAGGCUAAAUCGCAUGGCGAGUACGGGCUUUUUGGCGGUUAACCCUGAGAACCGAUCUCCUGGUGCCACAGACAUGUUGGGCCGACCGUUCCCAGUUAAACAGGCUCCAUCUCGCUCCAGCUCCGACGCUUCAGACGCGGAAGGGGAGGAGGGAAGCGGAACGGGGAAGGCGGAGGGCGCGGGGAAGGGGGGAGUGAAAGGGGAAGCGGGGAAAGGCAAGGGCGCGGGUGCUGAGGGGGCGGCGCAGGGGGGGGAAGGUGGGGCGGAGGGGCCGGAGAUAGUGGUAGGGGAUGUGCUGAGCAUGCUGCCGGACAGCAUAACGAAUCUGUUCUACACGAGUAUAAAGUCUGAGCCGCCCAGCCCGCUCCCAUUCGGCAACCAGGCAGGCAGUGGGUCUAACAAGGCGAUUAAAGACGCUCCUAGAGGGGCAUCGUCAGCACCAGAGGCUGCUGACGCGCAUCCCGUUGACGACAUGGCGAUUGCCUUCGCCGUGCCCACCAGUCACAGCGACUGCAGCAGCACGGGAGAGUUGCACUUCCCCUCCUUCUCCGCCUCCCACGACCACCACGCUCCCGACCAAACCCCUACUUUCUCCUCCCACCACCCUCCGCACCAUCCCAGGUCCCACCUUCCCUCCGCGUCAGUGGACCUCGACCCCAGAUCCCACCUCCCCUGGAACCAGCCGCCUGACGCCUCGCCCAUGAGCCUGGCCGGGUGGUUCCCCUCCCCCUCCUCUUUCCGGGAAGCUUCUGAGCACUCGAGUGAGGGAGCAGGGGGGGUUGGGGAAGGGGAGGUGGGGUUUUCCGCGGGAUUGGGGGGGUUUGCUCCGCCUGCCCCCCCCAGGCGCACCAUAUCUGGGGUUGAUCCGCGCACUAGCAGCCGCGUUUCCCCUGAGAAGUGGGGGAAGGGGGGGAUAGGGGGAGCAGCGGGGGAAGGGGUAGGGGGUGGGGUGGGGGGAGUGCAAGGGAGAGGGGAACUGGGACGGGGGUCGGGGAGGUGGAGGACGAUAGGGGUGCCGAGCAGCAGGAGUGAGGAGGUGUCUGAAGGCGCACAGAGGAACAGCUUGGGGGCAGGAGUGGGGGCAGGCAGAGGGGCAGCAGACCGCCCCGCCACUGCCGCCCCUGCUCCGUCUGCCUCUGCUUACGCCUCCGAGCGUGCUGGUGAUGCUGAUGCUGAUGGUGAUGCGGGUGGGGGCGUGGGCGUGGAUGCUGCUGGCACCCCGCGCCAGCGCUUCUUCAACCGAGCCAACAGCGAUCCCGAGCCUAGAGCUCCGGGAGACGUCCGGCCCAGCACCAGCAGCGGGGCUCUAGGCGGUGCUGGCGGUGGCGGUGGAGGGGGGGCAGGAGGGGGGGGAGGGGGGAAGGGGGGAGGGGAGUCAUCGCUGGCCCGGCAGGUGCUGAGCAAGUGGCGGCACAAGAUAGACUCCAGACGCCCCGGCACCCCCCCCACCGUGCCCAAGAAAGACUUCCCGCCUCGGCCCCAUCCCCCCGGCGAGCACCAGCAGCAGCAGCAGCACCACCACCACUCGCAGCAGCAUGGCAGCAGCAGGAUGAUGGCAGGGGGUGGGGCGGGAGAGGGCAGUGGAGGGGCGGGUGCUGAGGGGGAGCAGUGGGCCGGUAGUGGGCGGCCGAUGUCGGCUGUUUCUCGCACGUCGUCCAAUGUAGAGGGCAUGUUGGGUGGUGGGGAUGGGGGGGUGGGGAGGAGAGUGCAGAACGUGCGGAUGUAUGGGAAGGAGGAGCGAGGGGGGGCGGAUGUGAUGCGCGUGUGGGGGGAGGAGGAGAGUGAGGGCGAGGAAAGGCCGGGAUCCAGCUCAAGCCGGCAGGCGGCUCAGGGAAGGCUGCAGGAGAGGCAGCAGGAGAGGCAGCAGGAGAGGCAUGGGCACGAGGAGGGAGGAGCAGGGGCUCCUGGGGGAGGUGUGAGCCACGGGUCCGCCACAGGGGCUGGACGGGGGCACCAGCGGCGCCCCUCGUGGCAGCAGCCCGUGCAGCAGGAGCAGCAGCAGGUGUGGCAGCACGAGCUGGAGGGGGAUGCGGGGCAGCACCGGCCCGGGCUGCAGAGGGUGCAGGGGGGUGGGAGAGGGGAGGGGAGCAUGGGGGGACGGGUGGGGCCAGGGGGAAGGGGGUUGGGCGGAAGAGGGAGGGGAGUUGGAGGGGCGGGUGGGGAGGUGAUGGGGGGAGGGGGGAGGGGAGUUUUGGGAGGCGAGGUGGGGGGGGCUGCAGGCGUUGGGGAAGAGGGCUAUGGGGAGGAUCGGUUUGUUAGGGAGAAGUACGGGGGGCAAAGGGGGGGGGGAGGAGAGGAGUCUGGGGGAGAGACUGCAACGAAGAAGAUUGUAUCGAAAUGGAGGAAGUUUGUUAAAUCGAGGACGCCGGACAAGGGAGGAGUGGGAGGAGGAGGAGGAGGUGGGGGAGAGGGAGGGGAUGGGUUGCAGAGGAGGGAGCGGGAGCGGGAGAGGGAGGAGAGGGGGAGAGAAGAUGAGAGGGAGAGGGGGAGAGAGGGGGAGAGGAGUAGGGAUGUGGUGCAGCAGCUGGACUUCAAUGGCUCCAGCAGUGGGGAGCUGAGUGCCGCCGAGACGAGGCUCCAGCGCAGGUUCUCCGACAAGUCCCGCGCGCCCCUCCCUCCCCACGCCAUGCGAGCUGCCACGCCUCCCCGUGUCACCCCUCUUGUGCCAUCCGUCCCCCACCACUCCUCUCUCCGCCCCUCCUCCCCCUCGCUCCGCCCUGCCUCCCCCUCUCUACGAUCCUCCUCCCCAUCCCUCCGUUGCUCCUCCCCCUCCCCCCGCCCUCCAUCCCCCUCUCCUCGCCCCCCCUCCCCCUCCAUCCGCCCCCUGUCUCCCUCCAUGCGCCCCUCUUCCCCCCCCAUGUCCUCCCCCUCUUCAAUCACAUCCGCCUCAAGCUUUGCCUCCUCCUCUCUUGCCUCCUCCGCUGCCCCUCCCCUGCUAUCCAAAUUCCCUCGAAGCGCUUCCACUGCUGCCCCUGCUGCCUCUGCAGGCCCCGUUUAUUCCGACCCUACAUUAGCACCAGCCAACCGCAAUAGAUCCUUCAGACCUCAUCCCGAACCAGCCACGUCCGCAGGUUCGGCAGGCUCCCCCUCCACGUCACCGCCUCUUAUCCGGUCCGUAACCGCAUCAGGUGCUCCGGGGUCAGGCCCGGGAGGCCUUGGCUCGGCCCAUGCCACGUCGGCAGGUCCGGGGCGCAAGCCAGUGGACAUAUCUAACGCGCUAAAGAACCUGCUCUCUUUGCUAAGUCCCGAGGAGCAGCAGAAGCUGAAACAGUCCUGGAACCUUCUAGAUAGUGGUGCAACAGCAGGGGGGGGAGGAGCAGGGGGAGGGGCAGAUUUUGUAAUGGGCAUGGGCGUGGAUAUCACCAAGGAUGGGGGGUUGGGCUUGAGCGCGGCUGUGGGCACUACGGGACACGCUAGCUUGGAUGGCCCCAUGCUGGUCAGAGGCUCACUCAGGGACCAAGGCGCAGCAAGAGAGCAAGCAGGAGCCGGCAGGGGGGUUCCGGGGAAGGGUGGAUCUGGGGCAGGCGGAAAGGGUAAGGGUGGAGGCGAGGAGAGGAAUGGGCGGUUGCUGAGGAGCAGAUCGGGCACAGCAGGGCUGCUGGAGGGGAGUGGGGAUGAGGAAAUGAGGGAGGGCGGAGGGGGGGAGGGGUGGAGGGCGAAGGACGAGGAGAGGCACGGGGACUGGCAGGGCAGUGCGGGGGAGGUGGCGGCAGUGGGGCGAGGGGAGAGGGGGGGCCUGGCUCGAGCCAAGUCGCAGAGGGAAGGGGGCGGGCGGGGGCUGCUGCUGAGCGAGCUGGAUGGGGGUGGGGAGGAGAGGUCAGGCGGGGCAGCAGCAGCAGUGGCGGACGGCAGGAGGGAGAGGGGGCAGCUGACGCGGUCGCGAUCGCAGAAGGAAGGGGGGUCCAGGGGUGUAAUGUUUGCCGACGAGGUGGAAGGUUCCUGGAAGGACCAGGCUGGUGAGAGGGUGAGGAGGCAUGUGACGGAUCCAACCCACGACUAUCGCGAACCAGGUCAAACAGGUCAAUCGGGUCAACCUGGUCAGCAAGGUCAACAGGGUCAAACAGGUCAACGGAGUCAAGCGGGUGAAGGCAGGCAGGAGGGAGCAGGGCGUGUGCUGAGCGACCCAGCUCCCAGGCACCACGCGAGGGAGCCCUCAGAGGACCUGGGGGACGACGUGGUGGACGCCCGACCCCUCGUGCACGUGCCCGCCCCGCUGCUGCCGCCCUCCCCCCGGCCAGCCCUGCCAAGUCAAGGCAGUCAGAGCAGCCAGCACAGCCAAGGGAGCCAGCAGCAGCAGCAGAGCGAGCUGGGGUGGGAGCAGAGGCAGGCGGGGUGGCAGCAGCAGGGGUUGCAGCAGGGUGGGCGGGCGGGGGGGCAUGGGAGGGGCGAGUCAGCGGACCUGGACGAUGAUGUCGUGCAUGCCAUUCCGCUGGCGCCUCUGGGGCGCGCCACGGCCGUGGUGGACGAGGAGGAGGAGGAGGAGGAGGGGGGUGAGUCGGAGAGUGAGAGAGGCAGCCCGGGUGGGAGUGCAGGGCGAGGGGAGGUUAGCGCGGGGGAGGAGCAAGAGGAGAAGCAGCAGCGAGGUCAGCAGCAGCAGCAGCAGCAGCAGCAGGUGGGAGAAGAGCAGGCACAGUCGCCCAAGCUACCAGCAGCAGAGUCAGCAGGGUUUGGGGCAGCAGGGCUUGCAGUAGGGGCGAUGCGGCGGGCGCAGCACGUGAACCCGUGGCAGCAGACGCGCGAGAUGGAGGACAUCCUCAUGCCCUCACGCGACCUCUCCCCUGCCCGACCCUCCGCCUCUUCUGCCUCUGCUGCUGCUACAGCAAGUGGUGCUGGCAGCAGUGCAGGCCGGGGCAAGGGCCACGGGGGGAACAAGGCAGGCAGCAGUGCGGCCGUGCUGCGCUCCACGUCCGUGCGUGAAACCUCCUCUACUCGGCCAGGGUUCUCUGUUGAAGUGCCCUCCCACCCACACCAUCCGCAUCCCCACCACCAUCACAUGUUGCAGAACCACAUGGCAGCGGCUGGGGGGACAGACAAGGACGGCCAACCGAGCUCGCGAGGCAGCUCCCGCCCCGACACGCCCGCCUCGCGGCCCGCCACACCCUCGUCGCGCCCCGCCACACCCUCGUCCCCCGCGUUUGUCAUGACGCCCCGCGGGGGCAUGCGGCUGUCGCGGCGCCUCAUGGGCGUGGAGGGCGCGGAGGACCUCAUGAGAGCCGCCCUCGCCCGCCUGCAGCACCACUCGCACGCUGCCCCCUCAGGUGCCCCGCCAGGUGUUUUUCCAGGUGCCGUUUUGUCACCAAAGGGGGGGGCGGGAGCAGCAGCAGGUGGGCAUGCAGGGAGGGAUGGGGAGAUAGGACGAGAGGGGGAGGGGGAGGCUGUUGUGUACGGCAGCUGGACAGGUGGAGGGCUCUCUGAGGAAGCUGCCAACUCGCUACAGCACCUCGCCGCCCAGAUCACUGCCAGCCGACCAAUGGCAAGGCCAGGAUCCAGUGGAGGCAACAGGCCAGUCACUGUAGCUCCAGCUACAGUGGCCCCUGCCGCCCGGCCGUCCUCCCGACCAAUGGGAAUGCGGCCAGCAGCCCUCGAUCUCCCUGCCGGCCGGCCGGGGUCACCAUUGGCCAGCGGAGCAGCAGUAGCAGGAGGAGAACAAGGGGGGGGCUCUGGAGGGGAGGGAAACAGAGGUAGUUUAAGUGGUGGAGCUGGUGGUGGGGGCAGCAUGGGUGCUGCAAGUGCUGCGAGCGCACAUCCCCUGCACCCUUCCUCUGACUCCGCCAGUCCUCCUCUAUCCACCGGUCUCUCCCCUGGCGGGCUCAGCUCCCCUGAGUCCGCCCUCUCCAGCCCGCCCCUGGCUGAGGUCGCCGUGUGGGGGCCGCGCCAAGGGGGCGCCGUGGGGGGUGCGUGCGUGGAGAGGGUGGCGUCCAGUGGGAGUGGCGUGGAGGGCGGGGGACAGGGGGUGUCGUUCUGGGGUCAGGAGAACGAGCAUAACAGUGGGUACCACAACCAGUAUCAGCAGCAGCAGCACCACCAGCAGCAACAACAACAAUGGCAACAACAAGAUCAGACUCAGCAGCAGCAGCAGCAGCAGCAGCAGCAGCAGCAGCAGCAGCAGCAGCAGCAGCAGGAGAGCAGAUCGGGGCAGGGCAAGGGCCAGUGGAGAGUAGAGGCAGGGGGCGAGGUGGCAGGGGGAGGGUCCGAUGCGUGUGCGAGUCCCGAGGGGUCGGUGGGGGUGUGCUCGCUGGUGGACGUGUGCUCGCCCGUGUACAGCGCCGACGAGGGCAGCGUCGUGCUGGACGGCAGUGGGGCGGUGGAGAGGCCGGGGGGGCGGCGGCUGUCGCGGCAUUCCAGCAGAGCGUCCAUCAGCUCGCCCGAGGGGAAGGGGGGAAAGAGGGGUGCGCGGGUGGUGGGGGCGAUUCUGGAGGGGCAGGAGGUGGGUGCGGAUGGGAAGAGGGUGAAAGUAGCAGAGAGGGGGAGGGAGGGGGGGAAGGAGAGCGAGGGGCUUCAUGGGCAGAGCAGCUUGGAAGCGGAUGCCUUUGCGUUUGACAUGGAGGAUGCUGAUGUGGCAGCGGCUCGGGAUGGCCCAGCUGGUGCUGACGUGGCACGGGACGGCAGGCCCUUGGCCAAUGGGGCGUUGCCGGGCAUGGUUGAAGCACGAGUGAUGGAUGGGGGCAUGGGGGGCAGCAGCAUGGGGAUGGAUGGUCCCAUGCAUGCUGCCAUGCUCAUGGAGGGCUCUCCUCCACUCAUGAACGGCCUCCCCAUGCCACCACCUCCUGGUGCUCCACAAUUUCCCGGGCAGAUUUUCCCCGGAAUGCUCCCGGACUUGAACGGGCAGCACAUUCCAGGGCAGAUGUUUCCAGAUCCCUCUCAGCCCUUCCCCCAGGCAGACCAGCAAUUUCCCUUUCCCGGGCAGCCGUUUCCUCUGCCUGGAUAUCCGUUCCCACUCCCCGGGCAGCCCAUGCCUGAAGACAUGCAGGGGCAGCUUGCUCCCGGGCAGUUUCCCGGGCAGCCACCUCAGAUUCCAGGCUUCCCGGGCGGGUUUCCGGGCGGCAUGCUCCCCGGCAUGAUGCCGCCCGAGAUGCUGCCCGGGCUGCAGUGCCCGCGGUUCAUCCUGCGGCGGCCGUACCGCAGCAUCGAGCGCGAGUACAUGCUUCAGGAGAGGGCGCCGCUGGGCACCGGGCAGUUUGGUAUCAUCCGCAGCUGCGUCAAGCUGAAGACGGGCGAAGUGCUGGCAUGCAAGAGCAUCAGCAAGAGCACCUUCCAGUAUGCGGACGACGCGGAGGCGGUGGGCAUGGAGGUGGCAGUGAUGGAGAUGCUCAAGGGGCAUCCCCACAUCAUUCAGAUGCGCGACGCCUUUGAGGACAGCCGGGACGUGCACAUAGUGAUGGAGAUGUGCACGGGUGGCGACCUGCACGACCGGGUGAAGGCGCACGGGCCGUACAGCGAGGGGGGGGCGGCGCGCGUGCUGCGCGGGCUGGUGGAGGCGCUGCUGUGCUGCCAUGGGAAGGGCGUCAUGCACCGCGACAUCAAGCCCGAGAACGUGCUCAUCUGCGAUGCGGCCGAUGACACCAAGGUCAAGCUCAUCGACUUUGGGGUAGCUACCUUCAUUGAACCAGACGCGUCCUGCAUGGAGUUCGUGGGCACGCCCAUGUACAUCGCCCCCGAGGUCAUCACCGGCUCGCACGGGCCCGAGGCAGACAUCUGGUCGGCGGGCGUGGUGCUCUACAUCCUGCUCUGCGGCAUGCCGCCCUUCUGGGCGUCCACUAAUGAGGCAAUUUUUCAAGCUAUUAAAGAAACCGAGGUGUCGUUUGGCUCGCCGCGUUGGCAGAGUGUGUCGGACAGCGCAAAGAACCUUGUAAAGAGGAUGCUUACCAAGGAUCCGAAAAUGCGGAUACUCGGUGCUCAAGUGCUCGAGCACCCCUGGGUGAAAUACAUGACAGAUAGUGAGGAACCGGGGCUGUGACCACUAGGGGGGCAGCCGUGACAACACUGACAAGCACGCUGGCCAAGUGAGCAGCGGAACCGAUUAACAGCUUAGGGCCGCCUUGCAUUGCAUUGCAUCCGUCCCUCACACGGCGGUUGGAGCAAGGCAGCGCUGUAGGGACGGCACCGCCAAGCAGUGUACAAUAAGUUAGGAAGCUAUCUAAGAAAAGCUGGAGGGCGGAGGCAGGUCGAGACCUGAGCCUGGUAACUUGGCGUACGGGCAAGGAUGCUUAGGGAUGGGUGGCUGCUCGUCUUGAUGUAGGAUGCUGGAGUGCUUCCCACGCACUGCGCCAUGGCUGUUACUGGGUGGUGCCUGGCUAACCUAGACCAGCUUUGCUGGAAUUGAGACCUACCUGUCUUUUCGUACACCAGCAGCAAGGGUACCUCAUGGUCCACUCAACUCUUAGCACCAAGUUCAAGAAUGCAGUCUCCAUUCUAAUAUGUCACACCUGUUGCAGGCCCAAGCCUGUCCUUGUAUGUAGAUG